AUGGCCCUCUAUGGCACCUUAGAUGCACUAAUGUGUCGGGCAUUCCCGACCACUUUCAGGGGAACGGCACGAGCGUGGUUCAGCCGGCUGCGCCAGUCCUUAGUCUCGUCCUUCGACCAGCUCGCUAGGGAAUUCGAGCAGAAUUUCCUCGCCAAUGUGCGACCUAGGCCUUCCAUGGCCACCUUGCUCACGUUAUCCCAGCGUGAGGAUGAGUCGUUCUCUCAGUUUACGACAUGUUUCACCACUGAAAUCUGGGGAUUCUCGUACGCCCACCCCUCUUUAAUCAUGCAUGCAUUUUUUGAUGGGCUUGAAGCCUUCAAGGUUCUUCUGGUCAUUGAUCGAGAAGCUGCCAGUAACCAUCCUCGAGUUGCUCUAGUGCGCCAACUAGUACAUCGUCGUCGAAGCUCUGAUGGCGGGAAAGCGCAUGGAUAG